AGUGCAUCGAAUCCAAAGAGUAAUAUAGUUGUUUUACUCUUUGAUCGAAUCUCAAACAUCGAAGAGAAUAAAAAAAUUAGACAUUUAGAUAUAGCUUUUAGACCACUAUUACCGAUGUACCCGAAUUGGUUCUUUGGUCAAGUUGCAAUUUGAAUUGGAUUAUGCUCUGUAUGAAGUAACCACUUCAGCAUUUUGGUAGUUGAAUAGAGCAAGAUUAAAUGUAAAGUUAAAAAUAACUGUUCUGUUCUUUUUUGAAUAUUUUCGCAGGAACAUCGAUCUGGAUUUCCCGUAGACGCAUGGGAAGCGAUCGAAUACAAUGUUAAUAUCAAUGGGAAAAAGGCCGACAAAGCUGUCAUUGCUCAUUAUUUUGCUAAAUCGGAAGACAAUAAAAUAUUUGAUAGGUACUAUACACUUGUCAGUACCACACUUGCGAUCUAUAAAUCGGAUUCAUCGAAAAAAAUUUUUACUUUGACGGAUGAAAUUACAAGAGAUUACAUGAAUUUUGAACAGGCUGGAUUUGAAGAUGAACUUCAUGAAAUUUUUACAAUAAAAGAGUGUAAAUACUUGUCUAGUAAUAAAAAAUUAACCCUCGCCUUCGUAAUACAACGUAAAGACAAGCAAUCUUCACAAGAACUCGCCAAAAAUCAUGUUUACGCUUUGAUACAAGACUUCAUGUAUUAUAUCAUUUUCCCCGAAAUAUCAGUCCACUUCGAAUCGAUACCGUUCAAUAUAAUUUAAAUGACGCACAAAUUGGAAUAGAAGUAACAUUCCUGGAUUCACCUGAUUUCCAAUAUAUUUUCAAUACUAAAACUAUGUCUGUCAGUGCAGAUACAUUUGAAAAGAUGAAACCAAUAAAAACAAACUAUGGUUUUGAUUGUGUGCACAAAUUAUCAAAAAUCAAGGAAUAUAUCAGUGUAAUAAUUUAUAGACCAUCAGAUUCUUCCUGUGGAUAUUUGACAAAGUUUGAAGAUCUCAAGGAAGAUACGAAAACUGGAGAACCAUGCAGCGUCUAUCACUUUCCUUUACAUAAUUUGCAACGCAUUGACCAAGAGUUAUCACUUGAUCAGAUUCACAAUACUUAUUUGCAAAACUUAUUAGUAAAAAGUCACGGCUUGUUCAUUGGAUCUUAUCUGUAUUCUUAUGAAUUAAUUGAUAUUAUCGAUAAAACGGAAAACAAAGAUGCCUCGGCUAGUCGCUUUCCAUACAGAAUUAGAGCUGAUGCAAAAUUAAAAAUCAGUAAUCAGGUUACAGUGACGUUACCAGAUGUAAAAACUUUAGAUGAUUGUUAUCGAAUCUGUCACAAUUCAGAGCUUUUUAAAUGCAAUACUUACUCAUACUGUCAGUAUGGUGACUGUAGAGUUAGCAGCUUAUUGACUCUAGGCUCUUAUAAUGAAUCGCACGUUGAACAAGACAAAUCAUGUUCUAUUUACACUUUGAAUGUUGUCCAUGAUUACGCGAAAGUACCUCAAAGAAAAUUUAAAACGCAGACUUCAGUCGCAGUGGACAAAAGUGUUGAUUCUUGUGCAGAGUCUUGUCAUGCUUCACCUGAUUGUCUUUCAUUCCAAUGGUGUGAUUAUCAAUGUAGUUUUGGUACUUUUUAUACAGAUUCAUCUACUGAAUAUGAUGAAGAAUGCAGUAUAUAUCUUCGUAAGUAUCCUUAGAAAUGAGUAACAAGAUUUUGUUGAUUAUUAAUGUCUUACUCUUAAUUCAAUUAGCCAAAGUAUCUGAAAAGUACCAAAAAACGGGCAACAAAAUCGUAUCAGAUGUGCUUUACACUGAAAUGAAUUUAUUUUUCUUAUUCUUAACAAUGGUCAGAAGGGCAAAACUAACACUUUAAUUUAACUAAAGGAUUAUUGAGUUGAGUGGUGUUAUGACUCCAAAGUGGUAACUUGAAAAUGACUGGAACUAUUGCUUGGACAUAGUAUUUAUUUAAUUAUUAGUUUAACUAAAUUUAAUUAAUUCAAUGGGAUAUUGUCCGCUAUAUGAUUAUUAUUAAUUUUAUCAAAUGGCUUUAAAAUGUUACAUACAAUACAUUUACAAUACUUUAAAUGCUGUAUGGUCAUAGUUCUGGGAGAUGACACGCAGAUCAAUACAAAAAUAAUCAAGUUUAUUCAAUCUCCCAUAGAUGUGCCAUGUUAAACUUUAAACAAAAUUUUAAUCGACUCUUUUUGAAAAUCGAUUUACUUAUUAUUUGUGAGUUUCAAAACUACGAUGAUGGUUGCAAAAGAGAGAUAUUGACAGAGAGAAGCUGAGAAUAUUAAUUGAUUCUAUUUCCAUCCCGCAGGACAUGAAAUACUUGGUGAACUUAAUUUCUGUUCACCUUAAUUCUGAAAACAAUUAAACAUUUUAAAUUCACAUUUUAUUAAUACAAUGUAUUAAUCCCAAAUUUUUUAACACAGAUUCCAAGAAAGAUCAUAAAAAUAACUAGGCCAGCCCAAAGAUUUCACAACUGACGAUGCUUAACGCUGCGAUGGCAAACUAUGUAAACUAAACAAUCGUUUAAAUGGUUCAAAACUGGUAUGUUUGCUGGUCAGAAAUAAAUUUUUAGUAGAUUAUUGAUUAUAAUUAUAACUACGAUGGAUCACAUCUAAUAGAUCAUAACUGAUUACAAAUUUCUUUCGACUGAAUACAAUGAAUUCGAUAUGCGUUAAAAGAACCGAGCUCUUGGUGGUUGUAAAGGUGUCAGCGCUUAGAAAGUUGAAUAUAAAGCUCCUUCAGCAAGACUGUUGUUACCUCGGUAACAAUCGAAAGAAAAUAUUAUAUUUUCACUAAAAUCAGCUUUUUGACAGCAUAAUAAAACUGUAUAAAAAAUUUUAACCAUCAUUUAAUUGAAUGAACUGGCAGCAAACAAGAUAAAAGGCAACGAAAAAGUUUAUCGAACCAUUUUAAUUGUAAACUGUUUAAAUUUGACGAAUGAUAAUACUAACCUGUGCGGAGAAAUUUUGGUACAGAUUAGGCAAAUCCUUUUUUCUCAGGAACCAUAUGACCUGAAGGCUUGAAAUUUCUAGGAAAUGAUUAAGAAGCAUAGACCUCUGGUCAAUAUAAAUUUCAACAAAAUCGGUCAAUUAUUUAGUAAGCAAUCAACAUGAGUUCAGGGUGUUUAAAAUCAGCAGUGCAAAAGAUUUUUUUUCUCAAUAAUGAAAAGUGCUCUAGAGCCGAAAUGGUUCGGAAAUUUUGUGAUAUUGGUGUGCCUCGAACUUCAGCUAAUCGCUAUUACCUUCAACUGGUAAAUGAUCCUGAAAAUUUCAUGAAAAAUUAUGCUGGUCGACCCUCGCUGAAAGUUACAUCACAAGUGAAAAAAAAAGUAUUGGCCAUGACAGAUAACAAAGUUUUCCCGGGAUUUAGAGCUAUUGGACGGAAAUUAAAUAUUGAUGACCACACUGCCAAGAAAGUUGUUACAAAGUUAAAGAUUAAUAUCAAGAAAAGAAAAAAAGUGCCAAAAAUUUCUGCAAAACAAGAAGAUGUUAUUACUGGUCGCCUCCCCCAUCUACGAAGUGCUACAGAUUUGGUGGAUUUACCAUUAAGCAUAAGUAGCAAAAGUGCUAAUAUUAAUGCUACAUUAACUGAUAUCAAUGCUGGCAAUAAAUAUUUCAUCCAAGAAUUUAUAUCAGCUUCUGGUCAAACCAUCAAAGGUAGAAUUGUGAUCUCAGGCGAAAAAGAUUCCUACAACAUCUAUUAUAAUGUUGCUUCGUUUUUUAACAAUGAACGAUUGGUUUAUCACGGUACAAAUUGUAUACUAUUUACUUUCAAGAAUAACUGGGAUCAAACUUUACCUGGAAUCAAGAAACCUGUGACUAAUCUGAUACUCUUAAUGGGACCUUCACUUUUAUAUCGAUUUGAUCAUUCCUCACUUGUUUGGAAAUCAGUCGAAGAUAAAAACAUAAGAGGGACCCUGAUGAAGGGGGCGACAACUGAAAUAAAUGGAAGAUUCAGAAUCACUUAUUAUUACAAAAAGCAUUUCGAUGAUGAUUUUGGAAUCAAACAUCCAAGUCGAAUCGAAUUUAAAGGUAAUGAUCCAUAUUCAACUUCAAUCAGCUACAAAGAGAAUCUUAUUCUUGACAUUUAUCUUCAAAAUGAGAACCAUAUUGAUGAAUUUGCGAAUGAAGUUCAUCCUUUGCCUGGAAUUGAAUGCCCACAUUACUUGUCAACAUGGCACCCUAGAUUCCCGGAGUUGAGAACUGAUUAUAUGCAUUACACUAUGUACGAGUACAUUAAAGGUUCAACCACUUCUCGGACAUUCAGUGAGAUUCAUGCAUCAGGAAAUCAUAACAUAUUACGAAUAAAAUCAAAUGUUCUUGGCGUAACAACUGAAGCUAUUUAUGAUUAUAACCUCGGAGUUUCUUUCCUCUUUGGAAAAGGUGGAUCCUGUAGCAUAUUACCUGCAGAUAAAAAUUCACCUGGAAUCUAUCCUUAUGGUUACUUCCAUUUAGAUAAUCUUUUCCUUGUUAAUGCUGGUUAUAAGUAUCUUGGAAAGUUCAACUUAGAGCAUCGAUCUGGACUUUCCGUAGACGCAUGGGAAACAUUCAAAUAUGAUUUUAAUUUCAAUGGGAAAAAGGUCGACAAAGCUGUCAUUAAUCAAUAUUUUGCUGAAUCGCAUGACAGUGAAAUAUUUCCUGGCUAUACACUUGUCAGUACCAAGAUUUUCAUCUAUAAAUUGGAUUCAUCGAAAGAAACUUAUGCUUUGACCGAUGAAAUUACAAGAGAGUACAAGAACUUUGAAAAGGCCGGAUUUGAAGAUGAACUACAUGAAGUUUUUACAUUAAAAGAUUGUAAAUACUUGACCAGUGAUAAAAAAUUAACCCUCGCCUUCAAAUUACAACAUGAAGGUGACAACUUAUCACAGAAACUUAUUUACGAGGUAAAACAAAACUUGAUGGAUUUUAUCGUUUUAUCCGAAAAAAUCAGUCCACUUCGAAUCGAUGUCGUUGAACACAAUUUCAAUGACCCACAAAUUGUAAUGGAAGUAACAUUCCUGGAUUCACCUAAUUUUCAAUAUAUUUUCAACUCUAAAAUUAUUUCUGUGAGUGCAGAUACAUUUAAAAAAAUGAAAAAUGAAAUCAAAGCAAACAAUGAAACUGAAUGUCUGGACAAAUUAUCAAAAUCUCAAGAUGGGAUCAGUGUAGUAAUCUAUAGACCAUCAGAUUCUUCUUGCGGAUAUUUGAAAGAUUUUGAUGAUCUCAAGGAAGACACAAAGAUCGGAGAACCAUGCAGCGUCUAUCACUUUCCUUUAAAUAAUUUGCAACGUAUUCACCAAGAAAUACCACUUGAUCAAAUUCACAAUACUUUUUUGCAAAACAUAGGAGAAAUUUACUGGUUAUUAAGAUUGGCUAGAGGAUAUAAUCUUGGGUCUUACAAAUUAAUUGAUGUUAUCGAUAAAACGAAAAGCCAAUAUACCUCGGCUGGUCGCUUUCAAUCCAACAUACGAGUCGAUGCAAAAUUAAAAAGCAAUGACCGAUUUACAGUGACUGUACCAGAUGCGAAAACUUUGGCAGAUUGUUAUCGAACCUGUCGUAAUUCAGAGCAAUUUGAAUGCAAUACUUUCUCAUUCUGUUCUAAUGGUGAAUGUAGAGUCAGCAGCUUAUUGACUGAUGACUCGUUUAAUGAAUCGCACGUUGAACAAGACAAAUCAUGCUCUAUUCACGCUUUGAAUGUUCUCAAUGAUUACUCAGAAGUAUCUCAUAGGAAAUUUAAAACCCAGACUUCAACCGCGAUCGACAAAGAUGCUUAUUCUUGUGCAGAAUACUGUCAUGCUUCUCCUGAUUGUUUUUCCUUUCAAUAUUGCAAUUAUCGUUGUAGUUUUGGUGGUGUUUACACAGAUUCAUCCACUGAGUAUGAUGAAGUAUGCAGUGUAUAUCUUCCCAAAGUAUCUGAUCAGUACCAAAAAACAGGCAACAAAAUCGUAUCAGAUGUGCUUUACACUGAAAUGAAUUUAAAUUUUGAACAAUGUGCAUCAUUAUGUCAUGGAUGGUCCGAUGGUGACACUGGGUGUAAAUCAUUUAAUUAUUGUCCUAAAAGUAGAACAGAAAGUUCUUGUUCAUUAACCAAAUUUUCAGUUAAAAGUUCAAAUACUAAGACCACUGAAGGUGGCGAUUGUUCAAACUACGAGUUGAACGAGUAAAAAGAAAAGGAAAGAAUCCAGUUCGACUGAUGUCUUCAAAGGAACAAGUGGAUCAGGUGCCUUUGAAAUAAUUAUGCUCUUGUUUUUCGGUGCUUUAUUGGGAUUCGUUACACCUUUUGGUUACUCAAAAGCUAAACAAAUGCGUAGUGCUUCAGAAGCCAACGAAAGUUUCACUUGGAAAAGACAAAGAGAUGAACAAGCUUAAAAUAUCAAUUGAACUACAUUUACAUAUGACAAGAAAUCGUUGUUAAUCAUCGUUUAAUUUAAUUAUGAAAACUAUUAAAGAUAUCUACUGCA